ACUGCAGUAUCAGAACAGAAGGGAGCGAUCUAGCCAUUGGAUGGUAGAAGCAGGAAGAAAGAGAGAGAGGGAGAGAGAGAGAGAGAGAGAGAGAGAGAGAGAGAGAGAGAGAGAAAGGUGUGUCACACUAACAAGAGAAAACAAUAUUGCCGAGCUCCGUUCGUACCUGUGAAGACGACGACAGGAGAGAUUGGACACACUUCUGCCUCAUUUAUACUCGGCUCUCUCCAGACACAGCUGCACUUACCCGCCUCCGGUGAGCCUCCGGUGAGCAAAUACAUGUACGAGAGGCACUGGACGGUUGUUUGAUGGGACAGUGAACAAUGCAAGCAGCGCAGUGUCAACCAGCAGCCACUAGAGGGCAGAGAAGAGCCCCUGGUCUUCCGCUUCAGUUACUCCUUGAUCUCCUUCUUCUUCUUCUUCUUCUUUCCUGUCUGGGACCAACAUAUGGAGCUAUCACGAUACCCAAAGGCUACACAAUUCCCAGCAUAUCUCAGCCUCCAGUGAUCACGUUCCAGACAGAGUCGUACACCGCCUUCUACCUGGAUGACAUCUAUCUGACCUGUGAGGCCACAGGCAACCCCACACCCCAAUAUCGGUGGGUGAAGGAUGGAGAGUUGUUAGAGGAAGACUUGUACAUUACUGGAGUCCUCACAGCAGACAGUGAGAACGAGCUGAAGUUUUACCAGGGCAAAUAUCGCUGCUACGCGUACAACGAGUUGGGGACGGCGGAGUCUGAGCUGAUCGAGCUCAUCACCGAGUCCACCCCAACCUUGCCCAAAGAGAAGAGAGUGCACAAGACGGUGACUGAGGGUGAAAGCGUUGUCCUGAGCUGCAACCCCCCAGAAAGCUCGGUCAGACCGCAAAUCCACUGGAUGGAUAAGAAGCUGCAUCACAUCCAGCAGAGCGAGCGCGUCACCAUCGGCCUGGACGCCAACCUGUACUUCGCCAACACUCUGCUGAGAGACACUAGAAACGACUACAGCUGCAACGCCCAGUACAUUCCUGCCAGAACCAUCUUACCUAAGGAGCCCAUUUCUCUGAAUGUCACCCCCUCCAACUCUGUGGUGAGGAACAGACCACCACAGUUGUACCGACCAGAGGGCUUACACACCCAGUACCUAGCUCUGAGAGGACACAGCCUCACUCUGGAGUGUAUUCCGCAUGGCCUACCCACUCCCAACGUAAUCUGGGAGAGGAAGGAUGGCCCUCUGUCUCCCAUCAACACCAGCAAGCUGAACUUCCACAGGCACCUGUGGAUCAAGAACAUCUCAGAGAGUGAUGAGGGAGAAUACACCUGCACUGCCAGCAACACGGAAGGGUCCAUCACACACACCUACACCGUCACCGUGGAGGCUGCUCCAUACUGGACCAAGGUCACCCAGAGUCAGCUCUACGCCCCAGGAGAGAAGGUCCUCCUGGACUGCCAAGCCAAAGGAAUUCCCACGCCACAUGUCACAUGGAAGAUCAACGGCAUGCUCAUUUCUGCGAAGGAGCCCAGACGAACUCUGUCUGGUCACACGUUGACUCUGAUGGACGUGCAGUACAGCGACACUGCUGUCUAUCAGUGUGAGGCCUCCAACCAGCACGGCACCAUUCUGUUCAACAUCUACGUCCAUGUGAUUGAGUUGCCUCCCCAGAUCCUGACUGCGCCUGGCCAGGACUACCGGCUGACGGAGGGCAUGACAGCCCGUCUGGACUGUGUCACCUUCGGCUCUCCUCAGCCUCAGAUCAGCUGGGAGAGUGAAAUCAUAGGACCAGCACUGUCCAGUCCGAAAAUGUCGCAGCUGACCAACGGCACGCUGCAGAUCGUUAACGUGAGCCGAGAGGACACGGGAACGUACAGGUGCUCCGUGAGACACAGUGACCUGUCUGUCACUGCCCACCUGAAAGUGAUGAACAGAACCCAGAUCACGAACCCUCCCAAGGAUCUCCUGGUCUUGAGGGGAGAGUCAGCUAUCCUCCACUGCCAGUUCCAUGUGGAUGUCCAACUCCUCGACCCAACCGUCCAGUGGAGGAAAGACAAUCAAAAAAUCGCGCAGUCACCUCAGGACAACAAGUACAUGAUUUUUGAAAACGCCUCCCUCAAAAUCAGCACUGUGCACUCGACUGACACCGGGCGCUAUACGUGUGAGAUCAUCACCAAGUUAGAUACCGACAGUGCUAAUGGAUCCAUCACUGUAGUCGAUAAACCAGAGGCCCCUCACUCGCUCCAGCUGUCUGACAGGAAAGGUCACAGCGUCACUCUUUCCUGGCUGGCAGGAAAUGACAACAACAGCCCUGUGCUUGAGUACGUGAUUCAGAUGAAAGAGGACUUGCACUCAAAGCCAGGCAGCUGGAUGGAGCUGAGACGUGUUCCUGGGGAGAUCAGGCACGUGGAAAUCCAUCUGCACCCUUACCUCACCUACCACUUCAGAGUGGCAGCAGUGAACGAGAUCGGGACAGGCAAACUCAGCGUCCCUUCAGAUCCCUACACCACGCCUGCUGCCAAACCCGACCUGAACCCACAGAAUGUGAGGAGUGAGUCCACUGACCCAGACAGCAUGGCCAUCGCAUGGGAGGAGAUUGACGCGAGGCACUUCAACGGUCCAGGUUUCAGGUACAAGGUGUCGUGGCGUGAAGCUUCCAGCACGGACUCCAAGUGGCAGCACACGUUUGUGUCUCACCCGCCGUUCACUGUCAACAACACCGGCACCUUCACAGCCUUCGAGAUCAAGGUGCAGGCGGAGAAUGCCAAAGGCAGUGCUCCCAGCCCUGCGCCCUCUAUUGGACACUCAGGAGAAGACACUCCCUUGGAUGCGCCCACUGACGUGAGCAUAACCCAGCUCAACAGCACUGCCUGUUCUGUGAGGUGGAGUCCUGUCAGCAGAGAGUCUGUGCGUGGACACUUACUGGGCUAUAAGAUCUAUCUGAGGAGACUGGGGUCAAAGGGCAGCAGUUAUCACCAUGGCAAAAGGAGGCGUGUGCUGACGUUGGUGCAGGAGAUGGACAGAGUGAUGGAGAAACAGGACAAGGAGGAGCAGACGUUCCUGGUCCUUGGUGAUAGAAAAGAGGAGGAGAUUCUGACAAACCUGGAGUUCUACUCCGAUUAUGAGCUGUCAGUCAGAGCGCUCAACGGCAAAGGGGAGGGGCCUCAUUCUGAACUCGUCCAUUUUAGCACACCAGAAGGAGCUCCUGGCCCGCCCUCUUUCUUGAGAUUCGAGAGUCCGUCCGAGACUGAGCUGACGCUCUUCUGGAGACAUCCACUGAAGACAAACGGGGUGUUGAAAGGUUACGUUCUUCAGUACCAAGAGUUUCAAGAGAAUAUACCCAGCACGCUGCAGAUGGUGAACAUCGACCCUGAAGCCACAAGCUUCCGUCUGGGGUACCUGGAGCCCAGGGGACAUUACCUCUUCUACCUGAGUGCCUUCACCAGCGCCGGGGAGGGGGAAGCUGUCAAAUUCACUGGCACCACCCUGCUGGAUGGAGUACCACCAACCUCUGUCAACAUGACUAUAGGAGAAACGGCCGUCAACCUGAGCUGGGUCCCAGGGGACAGACACCGAAAUGUUGGCUUCGCCAUCCACUACCUGAUUAAGAACGCUGGUGGUGAAUGGGAGGAAUCGGAGCAGGUGAAUUCCACUCAGGGCUUCUACCAGCUCCAGGGCCUGAAGCCUGGCACUCAUUACAUUCUGGAGAUCCGUCUCUACAACGCCACCUACUGGAGCCAGGACCUAAUGACAAGUGGACCAGAGCUCUUGGAGGUCCAGAGCGGCUUUGCCACCCAGGGCUGGUUCAUCGGACUCAUCAGCGCCCUGGUGCUUCUCCUGCUCAUCUUCAUCAUCCUCUGCCUCAUCAAAAAAAGCAAGGGAGGCAAAUAUUCAGUUAACAGCAAAGAGGAAGGGCAGGUGGACUCAGAGGCAAGACCCAUGAAGGAUGAGACAUUCGGAGAAUACCGAUCUCUAGAGAGCGACAACGAGGAGAAGCGUUCUGCGAGCCAGCACUCCCUGUGCGUGCAGAGUAACCGCGCCAGCGACGACAGCCUGGCCGAGUACGGCGGCAGCGUCGACAUCCAGUUCAACGAGGACGGCUCCUUCAUCGGCCAGUACAGCGGUCGCCGGGACGCGCACGGCCACGGCGACCACGACAGCUCCGGCACCGCCUCUCCCAUCAACCCCAACAUGCCUCCGCCCAGUAUCAGCUUCCCCAGCUCAGUCACCGGCAUCCUGGGAGGGAACUGAGCCCACACCCUCUUCACUGGUGUUGGCCAAUGGGCUGAGAGGUUGACCUCACUGACCUUCUGCUGCCAUUCAUUCACCUUUCAGAUUUGAUUGUGACAUCGCUUGAGUGUAAGAACACCUUCUGCUACCGACGACCUUCAUAACACACAAAACGACUGGAACUGCCCUGACGCUACAACACACAAGCACACACACACUCACACCCAAGGGCUUGUUUAAAGGCAUGGAUAGACUCCAGAGAAGUAAUGUAUGUGUGUGUGUGUGUGUGUGUGUGUGUGUGUGUGUGCGUGUGUGUGUGUGUUUGUGUGUCUGUGUAUGUGUGUGUUACAGUAACUGCUCUAAUGCCCUAACCACUAUAAACUGGAGAGCUAAACCAGUAUUGUCAGGUAAUCCAGUUGGCAUUGCUAAUAGUUUGGUCACCAGUUCUGUCAAACUCAUGAAAGCCCGCCUCAGAUACAGAGCGCUCUUAAGUCAUCUUUUACGGAGAACAUCCUGGAACUCACAGUCCAGCAUGUGAAGGUUUACACGUCCUAUCAGAAGUAAGACACAGAUGCCAUUUCUCCUAAAAACAUCAGCAAAUGAUCACGUCAAGGAAAAAUCAGGUUAGUCUAUCCAGACCUUAAGAGUCCUGCAACCAGAACAACACGCACCUGUCUGUCAAUCGUAAUGAAGGAAGCAGACAACAUUCCACAGUACUUUUUCUGACAGCUGUUUACAGAGGCCAGCUCUAUUCUCCUCUGGGUUUACAGCCGGGAGGGAGAGAUAUCUGCUCGGAUCUCCCGAUGGUCCAUUACCCUUUCCACCUCCUGGCUCGUGCCUGCCUUCCCAUUGCUAGCUCACCUUUCCUCACCUGCAGCAUUCCUGGGAAUGCUCCUGAGUAGUAUAUUCCUGGGAAUGCUCAGGUGUAGUACAUGCCAGGGUUCUGGGUAAGGGCACAGGCAGGCUUAUAUCCAAUCCUAAAUUGAACUGAGGCCUUAAUUCUAAUUCAAAAUCUAUAAUGUUUAAUGCAUUUUAAGGAUUUUAUUAUAUCAUGCUGCAAACAAAUAGUUUGCAAUGCACUAUUCCAAAACAUAAAUUAAUAUUAGUUUGUUAACAUAUCGCAUAUCACAGUUUCACCAGGGGAGCUCACCGAGUGUGGCACUUUGAUUCUUUUGCGUCUUGUUGUUGGCCUGAGUCACGGAUCUUUGGCAUGAAACUGAGAGGAGGCGCUGGUCUUUCUCUGCCUUGUGCAAACGUUCUUCCGAAACUUCGCAGCAAACUGCACAAGAGGUGACAGGCAACUGGAAUGUGAACGCAGUGGGAUGCAAAAGAGCUAAACUGAGAGAGCGAGCGAGAGCGAGCGAGAGAGAGAGGGAGAGAGGGAGAGCGAGCGAGAGCGAGAGGGAGAGAGAAGGUAGUCAGUCAAAAGGUCAAAUGACGAACCAAUACAGUCGUUUUAUCUCACAGGAAAACGAAACAUCUUUAUGUACUUCAUUUUUGUUUUUCAUGGAGUUUUAUCAUUUAUGCAUGUUUUUUUAUUAUUUUUAUUUUACUAUAAAUGUUAUUAUAUUGAAUAUUUUUUAUAAACACAUUGGAUAUAUUUUUGUUGGUUAAUGUUUGGUUAAUCUGGAAUGCAGUACUUCUGAAUUGUUAGUUUAUUGUUACUGUGUUUUAUUGUUCUUCUGUUCCAUGGAGAAUAUGGUUUGAUUUAUCUACUCACGUGCACACUAUGGUCCUUGUACAUCUGAAUAGCUUGCGGUCGCCAGUUCCAAGUACACAUACGUAGAGCAAAGGUUUAGACAAUAUUACAACCAGUGUGUUACAUAUGAUGUCCAAUAGUACCAUAUUGUACUAUAAUACUGUUUUAAUCCCAUAUGCAUACGUUGUCGGUCAUGACUGUUUCUCUGACAUGUAUGGUUCCUACAUAUGUAUCUCAUUUUGAACCAUCAGCACAAAUUCAAGAAUGAAUUUGUAUCAUUAGCAGUGUAUUGUCAUCCAAAGAGUGGUGUGUAUUUAACAUAGUGUAUGUGUUCAAUCCAUAUAGGACAAGCUCAUAAAAGUACAUUCAGCAGCCGCACUGGAUCCAAACGUUGUGCUUCCUGUGCUUUUACUUGGUCGACAGGCUAAGCGCUUUUCUACGUCUGCUGCAGCUGCUCAACCGCGCGAGGGAGCGCUCGCGCUCCUCCGCAUUCGUCCCGUUCGUCGUCCGUGGACCGCGAUAACGCCGCGUGCGCGUCGCCGUGGCGCGUGCUGCCAAAACGGUCGCGAGGCCCGCGUGCGCGCAGCUGCAAGCUGCUGGGUGAGAAAAGAGAACCAGAGAUGCAACGAAGGAGAAGUCUGGUUACCAGUUAUCACCUUUUGAAUGUAAAUAAGGAUCGUCAGUAGGCGUUUAGCUUUUAUUUCUCCCUGAAGGAUUUCACUUUAAGCAUAUUUAUACACAUACACGCAUUCCAUUAGUGUUUCAAUGACAUUCCUUAUUUUCCUAUUUCUCAUGUUUAUAUGACUUUUAGAAUAUUAGGAAAGAAUCAGGAGGGAAUCCAACUUUUUUGCUUUCUAAAUAAAAACAUGAAUCUUAGCUAUUAUUAUGUACAAUUAAUGAAGCGCAUUUUAAGCAAUGUCAUUUACGCUGCUGGAGGGUAGCGGUGGCAGAACCUGGUCUGUAGGGGGCGCUAUGAAGAAUUACUGAUCCAUUGAAUAAAUGGUAUGAAAAUAUAAAACGUGAAUGGCCAUUUAGUGGACCGAGACAUACGGAGGAUUUUUAAGCUUCUUUUUUGUUCAAAAUAUAAUUUUUAAGCUUGUUUUUGUUCAAAAUAUCAUAAGAACCAUGAAAAGUCUGCAGUCCCUGUUCCGGACCGUCCGCCGGCCAACAGUCUGAACCCUGGCACGGUUAUUUGAUAGAUCUGCUUUUCUUCUUAAGCGCCAUUCUGUCCAUUUGACCAAAACGCACAGUGACAACCCACUGGUUGAAGUCGGACGCAUGAUAAACAUGAAAACUACCGUAGAUCCAGUCUCAAGAUGUAGUCAAUACAAACAAAUCAUUAGAUAUAUAUUUUUUCAUAUGAAGAAAACUUGCUAUGAAAAACCAGUGGGUUUGCAUGAUGUAUGUUUGGUACAUGAUGGUGAUGUAACUUAUAGCAGACUCUGCCCACUGUACUCUCCAGCUGAGUUUUUUUUUUUUUUUUUGGGGGGGGGGGGUAUUGUAUGUAAUCUUCCUUUUACCACCUUGUUUUUGGAAAAAAAAAAGUGAAAAAGACAAUAAAAAAUGAGCAGUAAUCUAAAGUCUGUUAAGAGAUUGCAGUUAUGAAGACACAAGAGAGGUCAGAAGGACACGUGCUGUCCAGUACCUGUCCAGUACCAGUAUUUGAUCAUGUAAAGGUCAAACGCAUGGCAGGAUGACCCGCAAGCAGUGUAUCCAAAGGUCACCAAGGUCACCCAGUCCUUGGGCGCAGUAACAUCAUACCUGCUAACUGGAUUAUGUGCUGUAUCUAAAUAUUAAUGAAUAAAAAGACAUCAAGAAAACCCAA